AUGGCUGCGAGACCACCAAACGAGGGUCAUCCCAAGCCAGAUGCUGGCGACACCCUUCUUGUCAUUCAUGACUUCCUUGCGAGAAGCUCUGACGAGCUAAGUCUUGUCAAAGGUGACCGUGUCGAGCUGAUCGAAAGGGACGAUGAAUUUGGUGACGGCUGGUUUCUGGGCAAACACCUUGCGAACGGCAACAGCGGGCUCUUCCCCGAAGUGUACACACGACCUGCACCGAAAAUCCAACAUGCGAAUGCCCCUUUGAACCAUGUACCCAUCGCCAAAGCGAUCGAAUCGCCGGCUGAGCCAUCGCAAAAUAUAGGGAGUUCUAACACACUUGACCCUGCCCAAAGCGUGUCCGUUCCGUCCACACCACCUGUUGCGUCUCCUUCGAGUACAGAUGCUGCGACUCCCGUAACGCUUCCCCUGAAUGCAGCCAAAAAAGACGACGUCCCAAGCCAGCCUCAGCCAUCAAUCUCCGGACCCAGUUUUGGCUCGCUCAGCAGUCUCGAGGCCGGCCCGGACAGCCACGUUCUCCAUGAGACAUUGAAUGUCAUUGACGAACACAUAACCGAUUUACGAUCUCCGCCAAGCUCAAGUGGUCUUCGUGCCGCCACCAACGAUUCGGGCAGCGAAUACAGCACCCAACUCGAUCAUCGGCUCUCCUACAUCCAGGGUGAAGAGACAGAUGAAGAAGAAGAGGGGGCUCACUCAAGGCUCGAAGUGGAGGCAUGGUCGCCUGACCAAGUCGCGGAGCACCUUUUCACGGCAGGUGUCGAAAAGCAUCACUGUGAAGUGUUUCGCGAUCAGGAGAUUACUGGCGACGUUCUUUUGGGCAUGGACCAGAGUUCUCUUUUCAUCAAAGCAUUCGACCUGGGGUCUGUAGGACGGCGGCUUAAGACAUGGCAGAAGAUCAAAGCACUGCAGGACGAAUGCAAUGGGCAGGGCAUUGCCACUAAAAGGACGACGCAGACGUACGGCAGCGAUGCUGGCUCGGAUGGUAGACGGACCCGAAGUAGGACAAGCACUAUGACCAACUCCAUGCACAGAUUACCACCGGGCGACGACAGGACCAUGUCGAUACAAACGAGACGCCUAUCCAUCACACAAACACCACGGAUGGAAGCAGCCGGGCUCGUUUCGCCCAUCUCCUCGACGGUGCUAGGAGAUAGCCCCCCCCGACCAUCUCACAUCAAACGACCAUCUGCCGCAUCUGUUAGAGACUUACAUCACUCGCGACGCCACUCUUCCACCGAUUAUCUUGGGACCGGCACAACCCCCGCGGCCAACAUGAUAAGCCCGAAAUUGGAAACAAGCGGAACAUUCCCUCAAGUCGAUACUACUACCACACACAAGAAGCAACCCUCAUUUGACAGGAACUGGUCACUCGGGAAUGCCUUUUCAUCGCCACGCCCUCUCUCUUCUGCCGGAUUACAGGACGCCAUGCAUCAGUCUGGACUUAGUGUGCAGGAAACGGCACCUGACCUGGAUCGCGGAUAUUUCAGUGGGAAUGAAGUGGAUGGCCGGCGGCGUAAUGUGCUGAGGAAACGCGACAGCGGUGCUCAUUCGAAGAAGAACAGCUACGCUGACGAGCAGCGUGUGCGAAGUGCAACAGCGAUAUCAAGACACUCGCGGUAUGGGAGCAUUGAUGCUCCUCGCGAAGGUGCACCAUCUGCAGCUGCACAAAAGUACUACGGUCUCCAAUCAGGCCCUCAUAAGCGUGCCACGUCUACCAGCACAACUCGAUCUAUCCCACGCGUACCCUCGAUCCGGGAAGCACCGUCACCCGUUGUCACCAAGCUUGAUAGCGCGUCCAGAGACUUGCCUCUCGUUUCGGGGUCGCCUGCCAAUAGGCAAAACGUAAACUCUGACUGGUUGGCGUCGCUUGUCAACAAGCCCACAGUCAAGAUUGGCGGCUUGAGAGCGACUUCGGACAUCUCAUCUGGAGAGCGCGUACGAAUCACGUCACCCGUCGAUACCACUGUCAAGGAUUCGCCUCUGCCUUCUCCUGCACCAACGGGGUCCAGCACGCCGUCCGCAGGGCCGAGCUUCGACCUGGAGUCGCCUGGGAAUGGGAAAAUGAGCCCUAGCACCACGACAACAGCCGCUAGUAAAUCCAGCCGCAGGAAGGGAAAGAAGGAAACAAGCGCCUAUCAACGAGGACUGCAGAAGAUUGGACCGAAAGAGGCCAUGAAAGACGCAGACUACAGCGGGUGGAUGAAAAAGAAGAGCUCGAAUCUGAUGACGACCUGGAAGCCUCGACUUUUUGUCCUGAAAGGAAGACGUCUGGCCUACUUCUAUUCAGAAGAUGACCAGCAAGAGAAGGGCUUGAUCGAUAUCUCUUUCCACCGUGUGCUGCCAGCAGACAAUGAGAAGCUGACAGGUCUUCACGCGACCCUGACUGGGGCGGGAUCUGCCGCAGCACCUGCCGCCAGCACUCUCGCGCAACCAGAGGUCGCCCUGGACAAGGGAGACGACUCGAUGUUUAUUUUCAAGCUCGUACCCCCGCGCACAGGACUGACCCGCGCGGUCAAUUUCACCAAGCCCACAGUCCACUAUUUUGCAGUCCCUAAUCUGCAGCAGGGACGACUAUGGAUGGCAGCUCUCGUCAAGGCUACCAUCGACCGGGACGAUACUCAACCUAUAACCACGACAUAUCAGCAGAAGACCAUAUCACUUGCGAAAGCAAGGGCCAUGCGUCACCGACCACCUGCACUAAUGAACCUGGACGAGACACCCGAGGAGGACAAGAAGAACGUGGGAGGCUCCAACAAGGACGCAAAUCUCCUUGGUAUUCAUUUCGGCGAGACGGACAGUGGUGUGUCCGGCUUGGAGAAGCCGGGCCCACAAAAGGUAGAAAGUGCCAACGCGCAGAAGCUCUUCUUUGAUGCUGAAAGCAGUGCCACUCCUCCGCCUCAGAGCGCAUAG